CCAUGUUACACAACUCAGAGAAGCCAGAGGAGCAGGGCCAACCUGGCUGGGGCCGGUGCAGUCCACGGACCGUGACUCUACAGGGAGAACACAGAAUGCUCAAAUGCAUCAUGAGGCGCAAAGUGGUCCAGCUCACCUCCAGGUCGCACCAUGAAAACAUCCUGGCUUCUCUGCAUCAGCUGAGGCUGCAGGGCCAGUUGUGCGAUGUCACCGUGCACGUAGACUUCCAGGGGGACAAGCAGGAGUUUCGGGCCCAUCAGGUGGUGCUCGCAGCAUCCAGUGGCUACUUCAAGAACACCCUUCUCAUCCAGGAUGUAGCCCGAGACACAAUCUCCCUCUCAAAUGUGCAUUCUGACGAUUUCUCCAAGUUUCUGGAGUUUGUGUACACGGGUAAAGUGGAAGUGGCCAGCAAAAAGAUCGCUGAUGUGCAAGCAGCGGCAGAGUUGUUGGACUGUAGGGAUCUGUCAGAGGUUUGUGAUGAGGCCAUGCGUGCUGAGACUUUAGAACCCCCUAAAAAGAAAACGCCUGCAUCACAUGUUUCGGAUCAUUAUUAUUUACAGUGUGACGAUAAAGAGAAAGGGCCCAAAGGGAAAAAGCAGCUGGGCAGGCUAGUUCUGAAGCGUCAGCGCUCACCACAGAGCUCGGAGAAGGAGGUCACCGCAAAAACAUCUCGGGUGAGCAAAACAGUGACCAAUGGAAAAAGCGAAGGGGGACAGUCGCAGCCGAGGAAAUCCAGCCGCCGAAUCCUUCAGAAGCGUCUGAACACUACGAGAGAAACUUCGAACAGUGAAAACCAAGUUGCCAAUGAAGACACAGAGGAGUGUGAGCACAGGACUGAAGUCGAGGCUCAGCCAGAGAACGGAGCGGAGAGAGGCGAUGAGUCUUCUUGCAGAGUGCCGGGCUUUGAUGUAGACAACUGUGAAAACGAGGACGAUGUGCAAAGUAAUCCCGAAGACCCCAUGUUAUCUGUGGAUGAGGAGGAGGAGGAGGACGAGGAGGAGGAGGGGGAAGAGGGAGAGUCCAAGGUGACGUCAAAACGAACGUCCAAAGCCCAGUUCCAGUGUGAAAAGUGCCAGCGGACCUUCCACUACGAGAGGAGCUACUUGAAGCACAUCAGCACGUACCACGGAGUGAAAGCAGACAUGGUCUACCGCUGUGAGACCUGCCAGCAGACCUUCGCCAACCGCAGCAACUUGAAGAUCCACGAGAAGCACGUCCACAGCAGCGAGAGACUCUACUCCUGCGCCUCCUGCUCCAAGACCUUCAAACGGAAGAAGGAUGUCGUCCGCCAUCAGAGACAGGUGCAUGAACGUAGCAGUAUGCGUCACGUCUGCCCCGACUGUGGAAAGUCGCUCAGCUCCAAAACGGCUCUGUUGCUGCACGAGCGGAUACACACUGGAGCAAAGCCGUAUGAGUGCACCGAAUGCAGCGCCAGAUUUACCCAGAAUGCUGCUCUCAAGAUGCACCGCAGGAUUCACACAGGAGAGAAGCCUUUUGCAUGUGACGAGUGCGAAGCCAGGUUCACCCAGAAGCACAUGUUGGCUUAUCAUAAGAGAUCUCACACAGGAGAGAAGCCUUUCAUGUGUGAGGCGUGUGGGAAAAGCUUUGCGUCUAAAGAAUACCUCCGGCACCACUCAAACAUCCACACUGGCGUCAAGCCGUACAAGUGCGAACAGUGUGGCCGAGGCUUUGCUCAGAGGAACUCUCUUCACCAGCAUAUAAAGACACACACAGGCGAGCGUCCGUACAGUUGUAAAGAAUGUCACAAGUGUUUUACCCAGAUCAACGCCCUGCAGAGGCACCAGCGUAUCCACACGGGGGAGAAGCCCUACAUGUGUGGCCUCUGUAACCGCACCUUCACAGACAAGUCCACCCUCCGCAGGCACGCUAUGACUCACGACGCCGAUGCACCCUGGAAAACCUACCUGGUGGUUCUGCAGGGAAAUGUGGAGGACAAGAAACCCAAAUCCACCCCUAAGGGAAAGACAAAAAAAGCAGGAGCUGCGGCUGGUGACGCUGUUUCCACUGGUGCACAAGGUGACACUGUAACUCCCGCUGAUGCCACCUGUGCUGUUGAUGCCGAUGAUGAUGCUGCUGCUGCUGCUGGUAAAACCACCACAGAUUCCAUUGUGGCUACCGCCGAGCCAGUCACUCUUUCGUCUGAUUGGACCAGCCAUGGAACCAUUGCUCUGGUCAGUCAGGGCGGGAUCACCGUCAUCCACACCGAGGUGCCACCUGGGACGCAUAUCCAGCCCAUCAUGACCACUGACAGCACAGGCACCAACCUCAUUUCCUUAGAUGGUUCCACCAUCCCCUUCUCUAUACCUGUCUCUAUGGCUCAUCCCAUCCCCUUGGCCUCCUCCACCUCCUCUUUGUCCAUACCCUCAGUUCUCUCGCUUCCUGUCUCUGACGCUACAUUGGCAUCGGUCUCCGUGAUCCCAGCUGUUCCAACGUCAUCCGUCCUGGAAGCUGCUGUGUCACAGACGAUUCUUUCUCCAAUUUCAGAGACCAAGAUCAACCAAUCACAACCUGAUAUUCAGACUGUGGUCGUCGCUGACAUGGUUUGUGGAAACGAACAAACGGCAUCCGUCGAUGGACAGGAAAAGGAAAAGGCAGCAGAAAACUCUUUGGAUGAAAUUAAGACGACCCCCGAUCAAGACGUGUAGAAACUUGUGUAAAUAUUAAGCUCUUUAUCUGGGGCCACGUUUCAACCCUCAGUAAUGCAAGUUUUUCUGAAUCAGUGUUAACGACUUUGUCACAUCUGUGAUCUUCAGUGUGUACCACCACAUGUUGAGAUGUUAAGGUAUUCAUUUGGAAAUGCUACAUGCUGAAGAGAUGUAACUAAGGUAAAACCAAGCAUUGUGUAUUAAUAGCAAAUGGUUUGUUAAUUUACGGAAUUAAAUGUUACAUAAAUUAAGUUGAUUACAAAUAUGAAGGCGAUUGUUAGUUACUAACAAAUAAUGCCAAACAUCACAUAAGGUUCAUUCCCUUCAAGCCCUUGUAUAAGUAUCACAGAACUUUUCCUGUCAUAUAUAUAAUAAAAUGUCAGGAGUUACAUCUUGUACGUUGUGCAGGAUGAUCUGGGAA